AUUGUACAAAAUGUAUGAGGCCAUGGUCAAAAAGACUGCUUCUUGUAAAGACAAAGAAGCUUAGAAAGUUUGAGUCAACCUUCCUGUUAUGCUUUAAACUCAUCUUCUUUUUAUUCUAAACAAUCCCUCUUGAGUUCAUCACUUAUAAUUUAUUUUCUUGAGCUUUUAAGCUUAAAAAACAAAACCCCAACUCAUUUUCUUUAAGUUUGGUGAGCUAAAACCAACUCUAUAGAAAAAGGAAGGAAAUUUAGGGUUCACAUUAGAUCCAAGUGUUUUCUUGUGUGUACUUUUCAAUUUUGUUGAAUUAUCUUGAUUGAAUAAUUGUUGGGUUUUGUUAAAGUUGGCUUUUUUUUGGAGGAAGAGAUUCAUGUGAAGCAUCAGGGUUUUUGAGUUUGAUUGUUUUGAUGGGGGUUUGCUGGAGUAAAUAUAAGAUUGAUAGCCAGUUUCAUACAGGUGAGGAUUCUAGAUAUGUGAGCAGUAAUGCACAUGAUAUUAGUAUUGCCGAUAGCAAGGGUUCAUCAACUUCUGUUUCUGCAAGUCGUACUGAGGGUGAGAUUUUACAGUCUUCCAAAAUCAAGAGCUUCACAUUUGGUGAACUCAAGAAUUCAACUAGGAACUUCCGCCCUGAUAGUGUACUAGGAGAAGGCGGAUUUGGUUCCGUCUUCAAAGGAUGGAUUGAUGAACAGUCAUAUGCAGCGUCAAAGCCCGGUACUGGGAUUGUCAUAGCUGUCAAGAGGUUGAACAAAGAAGGGUUGCAGGGUCACAAGGAAUGGCUGGCAGAAAUCAAUUAUCUUGGGCAGCUUAGCCAUCCUAACCUUGUAAGAUUGAUUGGUUACUGUUUAGAGGAUGACCACAGACUAUUGGUAUACGAGUUUAUGCCAAAGGGGAGCAUGGAAAAUCAUCUCUUCAGGAGAGGCUCAUCCUUCCAACCUCUUUCUUGGAAUGUUAGAAUAAAAGUUGCCCUUGGUGCAGCAAGGGGAUUAGCAUUUCUUCAUGGUGUUGCAAAUCAAAUUAUAUAUCGUGACUUCAAAACUUCAAAUAUAUUGUUGGACUCGAACUUCAAUGCAAAACUUUCUGAUUUCGGGCUGGCAAGAGAUGGACCAACUGGUGACAAGAGCCAUGUCUCUACCAGGGUCAUGGGGACAUAUGGAUAUGCUGCGCCAGAAUAUCUAUCGACAGGUCACUUGACUACCAAGAGUGAUGUAUACAGUUUCGGUGUGGUUCUUCUAGAAAUAUUAUCCGGUAAAAAAGCCAUAGACAAAAACCGGCCUAAAGGGGAACACAACCUUGUGGAUUGGGCAAAACCUUACUUAAACAAGAAAAGCAAAGUUUUCCGUAUCUUCGACCCCCGACUGGAGGGCCAAUAUUCACCAAAACGGGGCCUUCAGGCAGCAAAUAUCGCACAUCAAUGCCUAAGUGUCGACUCCAGAUUGAGACCAAGCAUGGAUGAGGUCGUUACAGCUCUUGAGCAACUCCAGCACCGAAAGGACAGAGCGAAAAAUGAUCAAAAGGAUGCCCACUGAAACCUACAUAACUACUCCAACAGCCAGCUGAAGUCCUGCAGGAACACCAAACCAGAACCUCCAGUGACUGCUUAUCCAAGACCUUCGGCUUCGCCAUUAUACAGUUAGAUAUUUAGUAAUUUUUAUGAUGUGCUAAAUGGAUGUUCUGAUCUUUUUGGUUAGUUUUUUUUUUUUUUUUUUUUUCCGAACUUCAUUUAAAAUAUUUGUAACCAUAUAAAUACCAUUGUACAGGCCUUCUUCUGAGUCUAUUUCAUGUGAGAUGUAUCUAUUGAAUAUUCUGGUCC